UUCGGAGGGUGAGGCCGGCCCGCCCCCAGAGAGCCUUCGGUAGUCGCCACUGCCCGGGGGGGCCGCCCCGAUGCUCUGCUUUUUAUGCCUCAGCGCGCCGUUCAGAGUCGAGGGUUUGUUGGGCUCCUUUGGCUUUUGUGUGACUGGACGAAGGGCCGGUGUGUGGGCAUUACUUGCCCGGCAUCCUUCUCCUGAGCAGUCGCGUGUCUUUCCUCUUGCGACGUUGACUGAAGACCUAAGCGGGGGACAGUGGAUCCUUUUCACGGGAGUUUAGUCUGGUCUUAUUCAAAAACUGCAGAGACAAAGAAUAAACUAUUUGAAAAGGAAAUAUGGAUGGAGAAGAGAAAACAUAUGGUGGGUGUGAAGGCCCUGAUGCUAUGUAUGUGAAGUUGAUAUCCUCUGAUGGUCAUGAGUUCAUUGUCAAACGAGAGCAUGCACUCACAUCAGGAACAAUAAAAGCAAUGUUGAGUGGCCCAGGGCAGUUUGCUGAAAAUGAAACAAAUGAAGUGAAUUUCAGAGAGAUACCCUCCCACGUCCUAUCCAAAGUAUGCAUGUAUUUCACCUACAAGGUUCGCUACACUAACAGCUCUACAGAGAUUCCUGAAUUUCCAAUUGCACCUGAAAUUGCACUGGAAUUGCUGAUGGCCGCAAAUUUCUUAGAUUGUUAAAUAAAAUAAAUUAUAAUAAAAAUGUAAAGCUUUUUUUUUUCAGUAUUUAAUACAUGUAGGUCAGUAAUUUCCUCUCCCAUAUAGCAUGUUGUGUAUGUUUGGUUUAAAAACUGUAAUGUCACUGCAGAGACUGCUGCCUUCAGUGGUUUUGCAUAGCAGCAGUCCUUCAUGCUCAGAUUUUGCUUUGCUGCCUACACAAAUAACGGACUUCUUACCAACUGACAAAUAAACAAACAUACCAAUUA